AUGGCUCUGGCAGCCUUCCUGAACAGCCCCACGGGGCCCAUGACCACGCACUUCUGGGGCCCCGUGGCCAAUUGGGGCUUGGCGGCCUCGGGCAUGUACGACGCGGCUCUGAAGGGGCCGGAGAUUAUCAACGAGCGCAUGUCCGCCACGCAGAUUCUGUACAGCGGGCUCUUCGUUCGCUUCGCCUGGGCCGUGCAGCCCCGGAACUACAUCCUGGCAUCUUGUCACACGGCGAAUGUCAUGGCUCAGGGCAAUCAGCUACGACGGUGGGCUGAGUACAAGAUCCAGACAGAGCCCGAGACCGGACCAAGCACUGUGCGUAAUGCAGGCAUCAUGGCGGCGGGAGUGGCUGCAGGCAUCACUGCAAUGGUCGUGGCCAGCACGCCUAUCCAAAACAGCCUCAAAGGGGGCAGUGGUUUCUUGGCAAGGAUGGCCACUCAUCCAGCGGGCCCCUUCUACAUCCACUUCUGGGCUCCCAACUUCAAGUGGGCCCUCUCCAUCAAUAAUCUCAUGGAUUACGACCGCCCCACCGACAAGAUCAGCCUCUCCAUGACCAGCGCUCUGACGCUGACGGGGCUGAUCUUCAUGCGUUGGUCCUUCGUGAUCACGCCCGUGAACUACAGCCUUUUCGCUGUGAAUUGCGCACUGUCGUCUUCAUCCGGAUACUUGCUUGCUCGCAAAGUGAAGGCGGACUACUUCGACAAGUAA